AUGAAGGGAUUCACUGUCGCCACUGCCGCUGUCGCGGCCCUCUCCGGAGGUGUCAGCGCUCACCGUCAGCACCGCCAGGCCCACCACUAUGACCUGUUCGCCAAGAGGGCUGCCAACGACUCGGCCGUCUGCGUGCCUGAGUGCAAGACCUACUACACCACCAUCUACGGCGAGCCCACCCUCGUCCCGGAUGCGCCCCAGCCUUCCCCGACCCCCAAGACCACGCCCCCGGCCACGGUCCCUACCCCGAUCGCCCAGGAGUGCCCCACCCCCGGCACCUACACCUUCCCUGCGACGACCAUGGUCGUGACCUCGACCGUCACUGCAUGUGCCCCUGCGACGACCACGGUCUCCUCGGGCGUCAACACCAUUGGCGGUGUCACCACUGUCGUCACCACGGCCACCACCGUUGUGUGCCCCGUCCCGACCGUCAAGACCGAGUCCAACGGCGACGUGACCAGCAUUGUCACGCAGACCACUUACGUCUGCCCUACGCCCGGUACCUAUGUCAUUGGUGGCACUACCACCACCGCCUCCACCGAGACCGAGGUGGUGGUCCCUACCAUCACUACCUACCCCCCGGGCAACUACACCGCCCCGGCUGUCACCACCAUUGUUGACACCAAGACCGUGGUUUACUGCCCAUUCACCAGCGAGACUCCGGCCCCGGUCCCGACUGUUGCCCCUACCUCGGCUGCCGCUCCUCCCCCGGCCCAGACCUCGCCCUCCAAGGCUCCUGAGACCUCUUCUUCUUCUUCAGUCUCUCCCCCUCCUCCCGCCUCGUCGCCUUCAGCGUCGUCGCCUCCUGCCUCUUCACCUACUGCCUCUCCGCCGCCCACGUUGGGUGGUGGCAACCAGUGGGCCAUGACCUACACCCCGUACGGCAACGGUGGCGUCUGCAAGUCCGCUGAGGAGGUCGACAGCGACAUUGCCAAGAUCAAGGCUGGUGGCUUCAAGACUGUCCGUGUUUACUCGACCGACUGUAACACCCUCCCUAACGUGGGUGCUGCCUGCCGCAAGCACGGUGUCAAGAUGAUCAUUGGUGUCUUUGUCGGCCAGCCCGGCUGCACCAACGGCAGCCCCCAGGUUGCCGAGCAGAUUAGCGCCAUCAAGUCGUGGGCACAGUGGGACCUUGUUGAGAUGUGCAUUGUUGGUAACGAGGCCCUGUACAACGGUUACUGCACUCCCAACCAGCUCAAGGACUUGAUCGGCGAGGUCCGUGGUGUCCUCCGCUCUGGUGGCUGCAACGCUCCCGUCACCACCACCGACACCGUCGGAGGCUGGGAGGCCCAGGGUGUCGCUGAGACUAUCUGCCCCGUCGUUGACGUUGUCUCUGCCAACAUCCACGCCUACUUCAACGGUGCCGUGCAGCCCAAGGACGCCGGCAAGUUCGUUUCGAGCCAGCUCCAGCAGGUUCAGAAGCUCUGCGGUGGCAAGGAUGGCUACAUCAUGGAGACUGGCUGGCCCACCGGUGGCAAGUGCAUUGGCACUUCAUGCCCCGGUCAGCAGCAGCAGGCUGACGCCAUCAAGUCCAUCCAGCAGGAGUGCGGCGGCAAGGCUGUCUUCUUCAGCUGGACCGACGACGACUGGAAGGCUCCCGGUGACUGCGGCUGUGAGAACCACUUUGGCUGCGGACGCCUCUUCUCGUCUUGA